GUUGCCGUAGUGUCGUCACACCCAAACAAGCUGCAGUUUGCUGGUGAUUACUGCCGGAUGGUUCAAACUGAGUGGAUUUUGUAUCCAUAGCCAACUUUAAUCAUAAUGUCUCAGGAUCUGUGGCUACAGAACUAUGAUGCCACUUGUCGCCUGGCACAGGAAAUAGCAGAAAACAUUCAUGAACGGAACAGGCAGCAGAGAACAGGGGGAAACCCUGCAAAGCUCAACAUGACACUACGGGCAUCACUGCAGAAGCUGAAACAGAACAUUGCCCAGCUCAAAGAGGGUUUGUUACGAGCUUCAUCAUCUCGGCGCAUAAUGCAGUCAGAAGCUGACAGGAGGCAGAAUCUCAUUGAUGACCUGCUAACCAGAGAGAAGCAGCUCAAUGCCACCUUCAAGGGAGACAUCACAGAACCAGAACCUUCCAGGUCGACUUUGAUGGCUCGAGGGGUAGGAGGGAGUGGAGGCGUUGCGGCCAACCCCUGGCUGGUCAAUGAAUCAGAGGAGACGAGAGGGCUGACCUUCGGGGAGAUCAAACAGCAGCAACAACAGGUCAUCGAAGCCCAGGAUGCAGGCUUGGAAGCACUAGCCGCUGUCAUCAGCCGACAGAAGAGAAUGGGCCAGGAGAUUGGAAAUGAGCUGGAUGAACAGAAUGAAAUCAUUGACGACCUCGCUCAUCUUGUGGACAAGACAGAUGACAGGAUUCGAAAUGAGACACGAAGGGUGAAGCUGGUGGACACAAAGUCAGCCUCCUGUGGGAUGUUGGUGGUGAUCGUGCUGCUUCUAAUAGCCAUCGUAGUGAUCGGUGUGUGGCCUGUGUAGGUGAUGAGGACAGCAGCGAUCAUGGACCUGUGCUGGACGACUACUUCAGUGACAGUUUGGUGCAGAAUGCAAGUUUAAAACCUUUGCAUACACAUUGCACACAUGUACAGACACAAACACUCAUUUAAACACUGUCUCUCGUCAGGUUUUCUUAUUCUUGUUCUGCACAUUUACACAAAGGUCACUGGUGACUGUCCAAUGAACGCAAUGUGAAAUGAAGACUUUAACAGCACCAUUUCCUUUUUUCUAUACAGUAAGUUUUUGCUUGGGUGAAGGACACUGGUAACAGCAUGUAUUGUUUGGGUGGAAAUCAUGCUCAUUUGAUAGUUAUUCAAAUGUCUGGCUCAUUAAAUCAGCAAUUCAUCAAACAGUUAAUUAUUUGGAGGUUUGUAAGGAGUUAAAUAUAUUUUUAGCCUGGACUGUGGUGGAUAUUGACCCAACAGGAGGACCUCCCUCAGGUAGCAGGAGCUUUUCUUCCAUGAGUCUGUCUGUGGUCUGGGUUGAGGCUAAUACUGGGUACAGUUAUUCUGCAAGCUUUGCAAUAUUCACACUCACUUAUAUUUACCCAUGCAUUACUGCAGCAGCUGUAAUGUUAUCAUUUGUCUAGGGAUUUUACAAUGUUUAUAGAGUAGCUCUCGGCCAAAACAAACAGCUCGGCUGUGUUACUAACAUGGCUGUUUUCCUUCCCUGUAAAUCAGUUCAGCUUGUAAUUUCUAAUAAAUGACGUUUCCAGUUAAUAGUCCCCGGAUUCCUGUCUGUCUGCAUUUAUGCCCAGGGCUCACUCUGGAGGAUUAUAGUGUUUUGUAACAUGAUAUUUAUCUGGGGUAGACCUUUGUCAAAGCCUCAGCACACUAGUACCACUUCCACAUUUCCAUCAGGAAAUCUGCAUAUAUUGUUUUGUCCAAUGUACUUGUUAUGAAGUGGCAACCGGUAAAUGUAGAACAGCUGACUAUUAUUUGCCUUAGUAUUAACAUAAAAACUUAAUAAAUAAAAACAGUCAUUUAAAGCAACAGAGUCAAAUGAUUUUUCAAUGUAACAAGAGUUUAUUUGAACUGAAAAUCUGAAUUUAGUUCUACCAGGUUGGUGUGUUCAGUAGUUAUUAUUUCCUUCUUUAAUGGCAACGAUCUAAACAACCACAAGUUAAAAAAAAAAAAAAAAAAAAAAAAAAUGGUUGAUAAAGACAAUAAAAUCCACAAUGUCUUGUGUCAUUAAAUAUAUUCAUAUA